GAUUCAGUGUUGAUGUAUAUUUUAAUCUGAAUGGACGGUUUGGUUGGUUAACAUUUUCUGUGUGCACAUGUACUUGUGGGUAAAAUUCCAAAUUAAUUUAUCAGAAAAGUCCCCCAAGGGGGACAAAUACAUAUGCACAUAUAUAUAUAUUGGCUGAUAUGCUUUUUAUUUUCGCCACCUAUAAACGUCUCUUUUGAAUUCCGGUGGAGCUUUUCCCACUUUGGAUAAUAUCAUCGCAUUCAGUCGGUGACACUCUAUCGUGGAAUAAAGUCACAAAAGAGAUUUUUACUAUCACUUUUGUGGUGGAGGGAGCCCUAUUUCGCUCUCAUGUAUUAUUCUGCAGUUUUAUUUUUUUUCGCGUGAUAUUCCAUUGAAAUUUUCUGUUUUAGUGUGACAUCGGGAAUUGCACAAAAAUUAAUUGUGAAUGUGAUUAGAAAACACAAAGAGUGCUGUUGAGGUAUUUUCCUUUCCAUUGAGCUCACACGUGAACAUAAAAAGAAAUAAUUUUAACUUUUUUUUUUUGGGAAGUCUGUCAACCGUGAAAAUUGUCGGACACUCGAGAUAGUGAAAGAGUUUUUCGGUAGUGAAGAAAACACAUUAAAUGGUGAUACGCGGGGAGGAGAGAUAUUAUAGAGAGGAAAAAAAAGUUAAAUGUAAUUUAGGAAAUUACCUCAUUUACUUAACAGAGGGUAUUUUCCCGCAUUAAAUGCGUAAAGACUAAUGUAACAAAGGAAAAUUUAACUAUAUAUUCCUAGUUUUCUCCCGAGGGAAAAACAUUUAUUCUCUCUCAUACUCUCUUCUUCUUUUUCUCUCUCUCAUGUGGAUUUGAGGAAAAAUCAAUAUCUGGAAUUUCCAGUAUAUAGAUAGUUUUGUGUCUGUGUAGCAAUUUUUCUUUACCUCACACCUUAGCGCAAAAAAUAUAUGUGCAAAGUGAGCUCAAAGUUUCCUAGUCACACGAUGUGAAUAUUUUUUUUUAUCAUGAGUUGAUAAGAAUUUUAUAGAAGAAGUGGACGAUACAGAAAUGUUAUAGUCUAACAGCAGUGCUGAGUUUUCCUCAAAAACCUCCACUUGUGUAUUAUAUGGAUACUCUUCCAGUCAGUACAAAAAGUGCCAUACUCUCUCCCAAUAAUACUCUCAAGGACAAUAAAGGAUAUCAUUUAAAAAAAAAAGUGGAAAAAAUGCUCUCAGUGUCGGAUAGAAUAAAGUUGUGGUCGAAUAAGAAGACGCUGAUAUCGGCGGCACCGAGUCUAGACACGUCAAAUACAUCAAAUGGAUCAAAGUCCUCCAGCAAUGGCAAAAGUGGUGAGGGUGAUGAGGGAUCAAAUAACACAAAAAGAAGUUUAGUGCAAUUGCGUCGAGAUGGUCCACUCAAUCAGUGUAUUAAUGAAUUGUCAUCGAGAAAGUGCUUCAGUGAAGUGCCACAGGAAGUGCGAGAUGGUCAAGAAAGUGUGGCUAGUCCAACAAAAUCGCGCAGAAAUAGCCAAAGUGAUGCAGUCCCAUCUACACCCUCGCACUUUGUCACUGUCAUCGAAGUGAAGGAAACUAAGCCAAUCGAUACGGCUGCAUCUGUGGCUCCAACGGCGACAGCCGAGGAUGAUGAUGAGGAUAUUGGGGAGGAGAUGGUGAUUACGACGAGAGAUAGCUCAGCUGCAAGGAAUAUUUGUGAUGGUGGGGAUGAUUUUGGCGCCAGUAGGAGUUCAUUUCUGAGUGAUGGACGCAAUGUGGAUGCAGGCGAAGGAACUUUCUUGGAUAAGAAAGUCAAACCAUCACUUCCACCUGGAUUGCCCCAGGAUGUUAAGAAGAAAGUUCCACCUCGACCACCACCGAAAUUUAUUCGAAGAGCAGCACCAGUUGAUCCACCCACAGUGCCAGGAACUGCUCCAGUGACUGCAAGAAAGAGUGCAGACUCAGAUAGUCCAUCCAGUUCUCUGGAGCGAAAUAUCAAACCAUCUGAUAUUCAACGUCAAAAGUCAUCAGAUUCGCUCGAUGUAAAAUUGGGCGAGCGCAGAACCGUGAAUGAUGUUGGUAAAGUGCCCAAGGGAUCGGAUAAUCAGUCUGCAGACAGUAGAAAGAUAAAGUCGGAAAAUUUGGAAAAACCUCGCCUUGCUUCGGAAUCAAUUAGGAGCAACAAUAGUUCGCAGAGUCCAACGGGAUCACUGGGCAAGGCAGCUAGCCAAGUGACAACGACGGCAACAACGAGUGGUGCUUCACCGACUGGAAGUCUAGGGAAAGGCCCUGGAAAUCGAAGUACUGAAAGUCCCACGGGGAGUCUCGAGAAGAUGAACAACAGAACCAAUGAAGGCCUCCAGAGUGUCGGAUCUAAGGAAUCCCUAGCGUCGCAGGGAGCAAUUUCAGAAAGGAUCAAAAGCUACGAGUCCAUCUCCUCCCUCAGUUCAGACAGCAUCAAAGCCGGUGGUCAGGUACUGGACAAUGAGCCUUACUAUGACACUGUACCGAUGGAUAAUGGUGAUGGGGACUAUGUGUACAUUCAGGCGGGUGGGGGAACAACAGGAAGUGGCGGAGGUGCUGGAGGGACGGGUUCUACGUCUAGUCGAGAUGACAUUUCAACGGCGGGCAGUACACUGCCAAUGCCAGCGUAUCCCCGGAGUCAGAAUAGUAGUCAGGCUAGUGUGCAUGUUGAGCCAGAAUCUCCCGGAAAGAGUUCCAACUACGUCAAUAUCAACUAUUUUCUGAUGCAGAACCAUGAGACCCGCAGUAGCUCAAUCGACAGUGACGACGAAGGUGAUCAGCCGCCACUCAUGCGUGCAAUAUCGCACGAUGAUAAUCCAAAUACGCCGGGAGCAUUUAGAAAAUUGCAGUCUGGGGCCAGUAGAAAUACAACAAUUCGCCAAAUAAUUUCCAGUAUUAUAACAAGUGAAACAUUCUAUGUGGAAUGUUUGGGUAAGAUGAUGCAGUAUAUGAAGGCAAUAAGGGCUACCUUGACAACGUCUCAGCCUGUGAUAAGUGAUGAGGAGUUUCAGACGAUGUUCUUCAAAAUUGAAGAACUCCAUGGUGUGCAUACGAACUUUCUGGCUGAAUUGCGUGCCAAGGCGGCACAGCAGGAUGAUGACAUUUGCAUUGGUGAUACAUUUAAGAAGAUGGCUGGCCAUAUCAAUCUCUAUGGGGCAUUUCUGCAUAACUAUGGCCGAGCCAUUGACACGGUGAAGAAGUGCGGACAGAAUAAUGUGCAAUUCAAGGAGAUUGUGUCACGGAUUGUGUUGAAUUCGAAAAAUGAACAAUCACUGACUUUGGAGGAUUUACUGCAUAAGCCUGUGGCGAGGGUGCAGAAGAAUGCACUUGUGCUGGAGGAUUUGCUCAAUCAAACACCGCCAACACAUGCAGAUCAUCCACCACUGAAGCAGGCACAGCAUCUUAUCCGUAGUCUACUGGCGGAGUUCAAUAACAUCCAGACUAAGAGUUUGCUGUCGGACGAUAAGACACUGAGGCGCCUGGUGAAGCAUUCGACAAUUGUGGAGCUUGUGGAUGGUCAUCGGAAGUUGCGACAUUUGUUCCUCUUCAAUGACGUGAUCGCAUGUGCCAAGUAUAAAGCGCAGCGCCAGACUCAUUUUGAGUUCGAGGUGAAGUGGUACAUUCUCCUGCGAGACAUAAAUGUACUACGGGAGUCACCGUAUGAUCCCAAGGAGGUCAAUCCAGUGAAUAUUUUGCAGUUGAAAUCACAGGCGUGCACGGUACGCGAUCAGAUUCAGCUGGAAAAACACGAAGAGAAGAUGAAGGGGAAGGGAAAUGCAUCAAAAGUGGGUGAUAAACAUCGGAAGAAAUUGGCUGAAUUGGAGUCUCAGUUGGUUCUGGCAUCACCAAAUCUCGUUUUUCGGCUUAGCAAUAAGACCACAAAUAAAAUCAUGGUAUUCUUCCUGAGUUCGGACUUUGAACGAACUCAAUGGAUUGGAUCAAUUCUGACACUGCAGGAAUCGUGCAAUUUGCCAGGAGUACAGCCGGUCAAUCUCUAUGAUCUGCAGAUGUCCAUUGCAGCAUGCCAGGCAAUUGUGCAGAGUGAAAUGGGAUCGUCGUAUUUGAUGCUGAAGAACAAUGAUGAGAGUCUCCUGUUUGGUGAUUUGCAUUUGACCAUUCAAGGACUCACAGGAUUGGAUCAUGCAGCUGAUCUCUUUAUCUGUGUAGAAAUUGACUCGUACAGUCACUAUUUUCGCAAAGCCAAGACCAAACUGAUCUGCCGAAGCUCCAGUCCGCUCUGGAAUGAGUCGUUUGUGAUGGAGCUGGAAGGGAGUCAGAAUGUCCGUUUUCUCCUCUAUGAGGAUCAUGCACAUCAGGCAGUAUUGAAGGCCCACCAAGUGCUUCCGCUCAGCAGAAGCUGGCUCCAGGAUGUGCCAACCAACAAGACUCUCAAUCUUUCGGAAUCAAUCAAACUCAACACCACCAUUAAAUUCCUUCCGGACGAGGGUGUCCUGAGGCGAGUUCCGACCUCAAAACCUGGCGCCUUGUUCGGCUCAAAGAUGCUGCAGGUGGUGAAGCGAGAGAAACGCAAUACACCCUUCAUCAUCAGUGCCUGCAUCCGCGAAGUGGAGCGACGAGGAAUGUCUGAGGUGGGAAUUUAUCGGGUCAGUGGAUCGGCGUCUGAUUUAACGAGACUUAAGAAGUCUUUUGAGACAAAUCCGUAUGAGGCGGAACAACUGCUGAAGGAGGUGGACAUACACUCAGUUACGGGGAUUCUCAAGUCAUACCUGCGGGAAUUGCCAGAGGCACUCUUUACCGAUCAGUACUACCCCAAAUUGUCUGAGACUUACAAUAAGUACAGCAAUUUCAAUGAAGCCGAGAGGAGUAAAGAACUCCUCACGAUCUUCAAUGAGCUGCCGCAACCAAAUAAAGACACAAUCAAUUUUAUCCUGGACCAUUUAAUAAGAGUACAUCAGCAAGAGGCUGAGAACAAAAUGUCUCUGCACAACUUGGCGAUGGUAUUCGGUCCCACCCUCCUGCGCCCUGGACCAGUGACAGGAAAGCAGAAAGAUGGCCUGGAGACGAGUACGGUGGGAGUAAUGGCUCAAGCUGGGAUCCUCUACAGUUUCCUGCAGGCUCGCUUGAAGUGAUGAAGAGGCUUUUCCUGCGCCAGGUAAAAGAAGCAAAAUCCCGCGAUUUUUGGGCACUUUUAAUCCCAGAGUUUCCAACGUAAUAAUCACAUUCAAGUAUAUUUUCUCUAUGAUUUUUACGUCUCUUGUAUACAUUUUAUAUAUAAAUAAAUAUUUAUUUUACCGUAGAAUUUAUUGAAUAAUUUUUUUUCUCAUUAUUAUUAGUAUCGCGACCAUUUUACACAUUCAUCGAAUUAUUUUGUAAGAGUGAAUGAAGAUAAGCACCACAAGAAUAUCGGAACUUGUUAUCAAUUUCCUUUUAAACAGUUUUAUAAAGAAUAAUAUUGUGUAUCUUAGAAGAGAAGGCAAUCAAAUAGAUAAAACAAAAAAAGAAUAAACCGAAAAAUAUCUUAAGGAACUUAAUAGAAAAUUCAUUUAGAGACAAAAUAUCAAUUCUUCACCAUUUCAUGCACUUUUAAUCCAAUUUUUCAAUUAAUUUUCUUAUGAUUCCUUUUUCAUCGAAUGUUUAUAAUUUGUAUAGAUUUUUUUUAACUUUGUAUUUAGUUGGAUUUGAGGCUUGUAAAAAAAUCUGUUGCAUCUCCCAGAAUUUUCCAUUGAAUGGAUUGCUGAAGGUGUGAAAAAAAAAUGAAAGACUUUUAACAAAAAUUUGAAGCCUCAUUCCAUGAAAAAGAAACGCGAAAGAGAAGCAAAACCUACAUCUAGUCACGGAUUUAAAUAUUGUUGAUUUUUGUUUAAUUACUUUUUUCAUGAAAACCUUCAUAAUUUUGAAGAUAAACACACUGCAAAAAAAACACGUAAAGAAAUGGUAUAGAAAUAGUGGAAAUAUUGUAAUUAGAACCAGCAAAAUAUGAAUAAAAUUAAUAAAAAAAUAGAGCCUGACACAGAAAAUUAAAAAAAAAACUUUUACUUAUUAAUUACUUAUUGAAUGUAGACUAUUGAACCUGUAGACUGGUUUCCGGCAUUCAACUGUAGACUUUUGAAUUUCAAUAAAAAUUCCAAUUUUUUUCCAGCAAAUAUAAUUCCAGCAAAAAUUUUUGAAUAAAAACACAAAUUGUGCAAAAAGUAAAUAAAAUUAAAAUAUAGCGAUAAACUGGGAAUAAAUAUACCUGCAAUUUAGGCAUUUUUUGUAAUUUUGAGCGAUAAAAUUAGAGUCUCGAGAAAUGCUAAAUUUUCCAAUUUUGUACGUUUGACCUUUGGUAGAGAGUUUGUAUGAUGUAAAGUGAAAAUUAUGAUAAACAAUAAAAACCAUCAAGAUA